UCCCCCCUCCUCCCUCUCCCGCCGCCUGCGGCCCUGCGCGGCCCCUCCAAGAUGGAGGGCUGGCGAGGAGCUUGGUAUGUGCCAUGUCUAGCUUCACAUGAGACCCUCCAAGAAUUAUGUAGGAAGGAAAAUCUGAGAUGUAAAUCCAUUGGAAUCACCAACAAGAGUCUAAAGAGUUAUGAGGUGGAAUAUUUGUGUGACUACAAGGUAGAAGAGGGCAAAGAAUACUAUCUUGUGAAAUGGAAAGGAUGGCCAGAAUCUUCAAAUACUUGGGAACCUCAGAAAAAUCUGAAAUGCCCAAAACUUCUUGAAAACUUUCUUAGUGACAAGGAUGAAUACUUAUCUCGGAUGAAAGAAGGCAAAGCACUGAAAGUGAGAAACAGUGUUAAAGCUUUGAAACCUGCAGUUGCAGAUUACAUUGUAAAGAAGGCUAAACAAAGAAUAGCUCUGCAGAGAUGGAAAGAAGAACUCAACAGGAAAAAGAAUCAUAAAGGAAUGAUUCUGGUAGAAAACACUGUGGAUCUUGAAGGUCCUCCUAUAGACUUCUAUUACAUUAAUGAGUAUAAGCCUGCUCCGGGGAUAAAUGUAAUAAAUGGAAUAACAACUGGCUGUGAAUGCUCAGACUGCCCUGCUGAGAAGUGCUGUCCAAAGGAAGCUGGUUUUAUUUUGGCUUACAAUAAACGAAAGAAGCUGAAAAUCCAGCCUGGCUUGCCCAUCUAUGAAUGCAAUUCAUUUUGCAGGUGUGGUCCUGACUGCCCUAAUAGGAUAGUACAGAAAGGCACACAAUAUUCUCUUUGCAUCUUCAGAACUAACAACGGCCGAGGCUGGGGAGUGAAAACCCUCCAGAAAAUUAAGACCAACAGUUUUGUGAUGGAAUAUGUUGGAGAGGUGAUUACAAGUGAGGAAGCAGAGAGACGAGGCCAAUUCUAUGACAACCAGGGAAAUACAUACUUGUUUGAUUUGGACUAUGACUCAGAUGAGUUUACAGUAGAUGCAGCUCGAUAUGGAAACGUGUCCCACUUCGUGAAUCACAGUUGUGAUCCCAAUCUUCAAGUCUUCAAUGUAUUUAUCGAUAACCUUGACCUGCGUCUUCCUCGAAUAGCACUGUUUUCCACAAGAACCAUCAAGGCUGGAGAAGAGCUGACCUUUGACUACCAGAUGAAAGGUCAGGCAUUGCAUCUCACUAGAACAGAUGUCCCUCACUGACAGCGCAGACAGCGCACAACCAGAAGCUUUGUGUGCACCUCUAGUGCAUUACUUCCUUCAGCACUCCUGGUUCAGAGCAAGGGGUUGUGGUUGGAACCUCUGACAAGGUAGCUUGCUUUAAAGAUUUGUCACAGGGCUGCUCAAAAUAACGGUCAAGACAAAAAACGUAUUUGGAGAUGUUUAGAAAAGCUUCCCCUUGUUGAAGCUGGCAUUUCAGGUAAACCACUUUUUAAAGAAUCUCCUGAGAAGCAGCUGCUUCUAACUGACAGUUAUGAAGGCAGUUGUAACAGUGAGUGAUGUAAGGUACCAUAGGUGUGUACAGGGAUUGUUAUGCAGAGACUUCAGGAAGAAAUAUUCUUGGUGAAAUAUUACCAGCUUCUUUGAUAACUGAUUUUCCAUUCAGUAAUUCCUUUUUUUUCCUUUUUUUUCCCAGUGCAGUAUAAAACAUUUGAAUCUGGUUGGCAGUGGUGUUCUGUGUGUCAAGUUUGCAUGCUUGCAAACCACUAAGCCACAACGUAUUGUUUUCCCAGCUAUUUAAUUUCCAAAGAAGUAUUUUUAUGCUCCAGAGCUGUACCACAUUCUUGCAGAAGCUCUCUUUCAAUACUGACCAAGUUCUUUUAUUGAAAUCUCUUUUAAAACUCCCCUUUUCUUUUUGUGGUGCCUGUGACAGUGAUGUUCAAGGCAGACUGCAGUCUCAGCUGACCAGCAUAUGCUGAUAGGCUUGAGCCUAAAGGGCCUGAGUUCAUUGAACUUUGGAUCCUGACAUGUGUGACAAGUGUUGGAUAAGCAGUUGUAAUGUGGGUGUUGGUAGAAUUCAGCAUAGCUUCACACACAAUUUUUUUAAGAGCUGGGGUGGUAGAAGGCUUCUUGAAGCCAUUUCUCUGUCUUGAAUUCCUAGCUCAAUUUCAGUCUUCCCAUUAAAAUGUCCUUAUUUGUGUUUGUCUGUGUCACAGGUUCUAUAGAUCUGACUUCAGACUCUGCUGAUGGUCUGAGCCCAUCCAGAAAGAGGAUCAGAACAGUCUGUAAAUGUGGAGCUGUGUGUUGCA